ACCAUACGAUGUACUGAGUAAGAAUAUCGCAUGUCAUGCGCAAGCAGGGUUUUAUUCGUGUCCAGAAUUUUUUUGCCUCUCCCGUUUGUUCGCUUUAUUUUUGCAGUUGGUUCCAAAUUCUCUUGCCUCGUAUGGGUACUGGCGUAUGCGGUAACAAGGUGACAGGCUUGCCUCUGGGUGUCGUCGGUCGCAUGCUAAUAUCCAUCAUAA